GUGACGCCCGGACGCGCCUCAGAGGAGCGCAGCAGCGGAGCGGGAGAGACGGCGUGUGUGCAGCCGUCAACUAGCUGGAGGAUCCCACUCGGACGGAGGACCCUUAUGGCUGCUUGAGAGCCCACCUCAAAACUUUUCCCCCCGUUCCCCCCUUCUUUUUUUUCUUCUUCUUCUUCUUCACUUUUUUGCUUGUCAAGUGCUUGUCCUCAUCACAAGUAGCGGCCGCAGGUCCCAGAGAGUUGCUUUGAGCGGCGGACCACUCAGGCAGGCCGUCAUGGAUACCUCCAUCAGAUGGAAAGUUAAAAGGAGGAUAAGGGACGCCCAAAUCUCCUUGGCGAUCAUUUUGGUUUUUGUCACAUCGCAGGCGAGUUCAGCGGAACCAGCCAACCUCUUGCAGAUUUUAGAUUUUCCCAGUUUGCCCGAGGGCGUCACGAAAACAACAGGCUUCUGCUCACAUCGGAGGUCGUCACAAGGACCCGAUGUGGCCUACAGGGUAUCCAAAGAUGCCCAGCUCAGCGCCCCCACCAAACAGCUCUAUCCAGGUGAUGUAUUCCCUGAGGACUUCUCCAUCUUGGCCACAGUGAGGCCCAAGAAGGGCAGCCAGUCCUUCCUGUUGUCCGUCUAUAAUGAGCAGGGAAUCCAGCAGGUGGGAAUGGAAAUGGGUCGCUCGCCCGUCUUCCUGUACGAGGACCACACGGGCAAACCCGGCCCGGAGGACUACCCUCUUUUCCGUGGAAUCAACCUGGCUGACGGAAAGUGGCAUCGAGUGGCCAUCAGCGUACACAAGCAGACCAUCACCCUCAUUCUGGACUGUAAAAAGAAGACCACCCAGAAGUUGCUCCGGUCUGCCCACCCCAUCAUCGAUACCAAAGGAAUUAUAGUGUUUGGAACCAGGAUACUUGAUGAAGAGGUCUUUGAGGGAGAUAUCCAGCAGCUAAUGAUUGUAGCAGACCACCGUGCUGCUUAUGACUACUGCGAGCACUACAGCCCCGACUGUGAGGUGGCGGUGCCCGACCAGCCGCAGAACCAGGACCCCAACACCGAAGACUAUAACACAGAGGAGGACAGUUAUUAUUAUGAAUACCCUUACUAUGAGGAUAUGGACGGAAAGCCUCUUGAAUCGACUGCCGACGCUGAGGAAAAGGAAGUUAAGGUGACAGGUGCGGUUUCCAGAGAUGACGUGACAGUCGGCGCUGGCGGCAAAGUGGUGACUUCCAUCUCGUCGAGCUCGUCCUCUUCAAGCUCAUCAUCCUCGGGCUCGUCCUCCUCCAGCUCGUCAAGCAGCUCUUCGUCAACUGGCGCAGGCGGACGUGACGACGGCUCUUAUGACAGCUACGACAGCUACGGAAACUACGAGAACUACUACGACGAGCUGACGCCGGCCACUCCCGACGACGGUGACGACUCCCGCCGUAUCACCAUCACCAGCACCGGCACCGGAGGUCAGCUGGACCUGGGAACAGCUGGAAAGAUUGACCUGGGCACAGGGGGCGGCGUGGAAACCAGGGUCGUCACCGGCGGUGGGGGAAGCUCCUUCACCAUCAAUAAAACAACAGUUGGAACUUCCGAUGACGACUACGGCGAUGGCUACGAUUACGGAGUGGACAGCCACAUAACCACUGGCGGAGGAGGCAGCAGUAGCCGUACAGUCCACAUCGGCGGUGGCGGUAGCAGCAGCAGCAGCACCGUGCACAUUGGCGGUGGAGGUGGCGGUAGCAGCAGCACCAUCCAUCUUGGUGGUGGCGGUAGCAGCAGCAGCGGCACCAUCACUCUGGGUGGUGGAGGCAGCAGUAGCAGCAGCAGCACGAUCAAUCUCGGUGGUGGAGGUAGCAGCAGCAGCAGAAUCCAUCUCGGUGGUGGAGGAAGCAGCAGCACCAUCACACUAGGUGGUGGCAGCAGCACAAUCGACCUCGGUGUCGGAGGUGGCAGCAGCGGCGGCACCAUCACACUCGGCGGUGGCGGUAGCAGCAGCAGCUCCACCAUCACGCUCGGCGGUGGCGGUAGCAGCAGCAGCACCAUCACGUUAGGUGGCGGAGGAACCAGCAGCAGUUCCACCAUAACACUCGGCGGUGGGUCUGUUGGAGGCGGUUCUGUAUCCGUUGGCGGCGGUUCCGUCUCGGUAGGAGGAUCUUCCACGACCGGUGGCGGCUCGGCCAGCGCCGGAACCGGUGCUGGUGGUUCCAUUGCCACUGGAACCGGCCUGGGCGUGGAGGGCGAAGAUGACUACAAGGACCUGGACGGAUUCAAAGAGGCCAUCAUCACCGACUACGAUGACAUAGAUCUGUAUGACACCUAUGACGAUCUGGACUACCAAGAGAAAGGGUCCAAAGUUCUUCCUGCCGAGACCAAUGAGUAUUACGGACAGGUCGAUGGCGCCCGUGGCGAGAAGGGACAGAAAGGAGAGCCCGCUGUCAUCGAGCCUGGAAUGCUGGUGGAGGGUCCGCCUGGGCCUGAGGGGCCUGCGGGUCUCCCUGGACCCCCAGGUGCCUCUGGAUCACCAGGCAUUGCUGGAGAUACAGGAGAGCGCGGCCUUCCGGGUCGUCCUGGUCUUCCCGGUGCUGAUGGUCUGCCAGGACCCCCUGGCACAGUCCUCAUGCUGCCUUUCCGAUUAAGCGCCGGAGGGGACUCUGGCCAAAAGGGACCUGCCGUGUCAGCUCAGGAGGCCCAGAUGCAGGCCAUUAUGCAGCAGGCCCGUCUGGCAAUGCGUGGAUCAACUGGUCCGAUGGGUUUGACUGGUAGACCCGGCCCGCUGGGUCCUCCUGGCGUGCCAGGACUAAAGGGAGAGUCCGGAGAAGCGGGUCCUCAGGGUCCUCGUGGAGCAAUGGGAUCAUCUGGACCUUCCGGAAAGCCCGGCAGAAGGGGUCGCUCUGGAGCUGAUGGUGCCAGGGGCAUGCCGGGUCAAUCAGGACCGAAGGGAGAUCGUGGGUUCGAUGGUCUGGCUGGACUCCCUGGUGAAAAAGGACACAGAGGUGAAGCAGGCCCCCACGGACCACCCGGUGCUCCUGGCGAGGAUGGAGAGCGGGGAGAUGACGGAGAGAUCGGACCAAGGGGACUUCCUGGUGAACCAGGCCCUCGUGGUUUGCUGGGACCUAAAGGACCUCAGGGACCUCCCGGACCUCCUGGCGUAACUGGAGUGGACGGCCACCCUGGACCCAAAGGCAACAUCGGGCCUCAAGGAGAACCAGGACCACCAGGCCAGCAAGGAAACCCUGGUGCUCAGGGACUUCCUGGGCCACAAGGAGCCAUCGGCGCCCCCGGAGAGAAGGGCCCCACUGGUAAACCUGGUUUACCAGGAAUGCCAGGCGCUGAUGGACCACCGGGUCACCCUGGAAAAGAAGGACCUCAUGGAGAGAAGGGACACAUGGGCCCCGCUGGUCCUCAAGGACCCAUCGGUUAUCCUGGGCCUCGAGGCGUGAAGGGAGCAGACGGCGUCCGCGGCCUGAAAGGAAACAAGGGAGAGAAGGGAGAAGACGGCUUCCCGGGCUUCAAGGGAGACAUGGGUAUCAAAGGCGACAGGGGUGAGCUUGGACCAGCGGGACCCAGAGGAGAAGACGGCCCCGAGGGCCCUAAGGGUCGAGGCGGCCUCCCUGGUGAUUCCGGUCCCCUCGGCUCACCUGGUGAAAAGGGUAAACUGGGAGUGCCCGGCUUGCCAGGAUACCCAGGAAGACAAGGACCAAAGGGAUCUCAGGGUUUCCAAGGCUUCCCAGGUGCCAACGGAGAGAAAGGAACUCGGGGAACCGCAGGAAAGCCGGGUCCACGUGGGCAGCGAGGACCGACGGGUCCUCGUGGUGAGAGAGGACCAAGAGGACCAACUGGCAAAGCUGGACCUAAAGGUAACUCCGGAACAGACGGCCCACCAGGACCUCCCGGUGAGAGGGGUCUGCCAGGACCUCAGGGACCGACAGGAUUCCCAGGACCAAAGGGACCACCCGGGCCUGCAGGGAAAGACGGACUUCCUGGACAUCCUGGACAGAGAGGAGAGACUGGAUUCCAAGGCAAGACCGGCCCUCCUGGUCCUCCUGGUGUGGUCGGACCUCAGGGACCAACGGGUGAGACCGGGCCGAUGGGAGAUCGUGGCCACCCCGGACCUCCGGGCCCACCCGGUGAGCAGGGUCUUCCUGGAGCUGCAGGGAAGGAAGGAGCCAAAGGUGACCCAGGCCCUGCCGGCCCCGCUGGUAAAGAUGGCCCACCUGGACCCAGAGGUUUCACCGGAGAGAGGGGCCUUCCCGGACCUGUGGGGGCUCACGGUCUGAAAGGCAACGAGGGUCCACACGGUCCACCUGGCCCUGCUGGUUCUCCUGGUGAGCGGGGUCCUGCUGGCCCAGCUGGACCCACAGGUCUGCCUGGACGCCCCGGCCCACAGGGACCUCCAGGCCCUGCUGGAGAGAAAGGCGGACCGGGAGAGAAAGGACCUCAAGGCCCAGCUGGAAGAGACGGUAUUCAGGGGCCGGUGGGUCUACCUGGACCUGGGGGACCACCUGGACCACCUGGAGAGGAUGGAGAUAAGGGAGAACUUGGGGAACCCGGCCAGAAAGGCAGCAAAGGUGACAAAGGAGAACAUGGUCCCCCAGGCCCCACCGGACCUCAAGGACCAGUCGGAGCACCUGGUCCUGCCGGAGCAGAUGGUGAGCCUGGUCCCCGAGGUCAGCAAGGUCUGUUUGGCCAGAAGGGAGAUGAAGGAUCAAGAGGUUUCCCGGGACCCCCGGGUCCAGUUGGCCUGCAGGGCUUGCCUGGUCCUCCUGGUGAAAAAGGAGAAACCGGUGACGUCGGUCAGAUGGGCCCACCUGGUCCUCCUGGUCCCAGAGGCCCCUCAGGACCCCCUGGUGCCGACGGCCCACAGGGACCUCCAGGUGGUAUUGGCAACCCCGGUGCUGUUGGCGAAAAAGGAGAUGCUGGUGAGACUGGAGAACCAGGCCUUCAAGGAGACGUCGGUCCGCCGGGUCCAAGAGGAGAACGAGGAGAGAAGGGAGAGGCUGGUCCAGCUGGUACUGCUGGGCCUCCUGGUCCUAAGGGUCCCCCUGGAGAUGAUGGUCCCAAAGGAAGCCCAGGUCCGAGCGGUUUCCCUGGUGAUCCUGGUCCCCCUGGAGAACCCGGCCCAGCUGGCUUAGACGGCCCACCUGGUGAUAAGGGAGAUGAUGGAGAAGCCGGCCAGGCAGGUUCCCCUGGACCUACUGGAGAGUCCGGUCCCUCUGGACCACCAGGAAAGAGAGGACCGCCUGGAGUGACAGGACCUGAGGGUAGACAAGGAGAGAAGGGGGCCAAGGGAGAGCCAGGCUUAGAAGGUCCACAGGGAAAAACUGGUCCCGUUGGACCUCAAGGAUCACCUGGCAAACCUGGUUCUGAAGGUCUUAGAGGAAUCCCUGGUCCAGUUGGCGAGCAAGGUCUACCUGGUUCUCCUGGCCCUGAUGGACCUCCUGGCCCGAUGGGUCCCCCUGGCUUACCUGGUUUGAAAGGAGACUCUGGCAUCAAAGGAGAGAAGGGUCAUCCUGGUCUUAUUGGUCUUAUCGGGCCUCCAGGCGAGCAGGGAGAAAAGGGUGACAGAGGUCUUCCCGGUCCACCAGGAACGUCCGGUCCCAAAGGAGACAACGGUAUCGCUGGUCCUUCUGGUCCACUUGGUCCACUUGGUCCUCCUGGAUUACCCGGUCCUCCUGGUCCGAAAGGUGCUAAAGGGUCAGCGGGCCAAACUGGACCAAAGGGAGAGAGUGGUACACCCGGACCUCCUGGACCUCCUGGCCCCCCUGGCGACGUCAUCCACCCUCUUCCCAUCCAGGCUCCCAGCAAGGGCAGGACACGCAGGAAUAUCGAUGCCAGCCAGAUGAUGGACGACGAGGCGGUGGACGCCAACUACAAGGACUACGACGAUGGCAUGGAGGAGAUCUUUGGCUCGCUCAACUCCCUCAAGUUGGAGAUCGAGCAGAUGAAGCACCCUCUGGGCACGCAGGGCAACCCCGCCCGCACCUGCAAAGACCUUCAGCUGUGCCACCCGGACUUCCCCGAUGGCGAGUACUGGAUCGACCCCAACCAGGGAUGCUCCCGGGACUCCUUCAAAGUCUACUGUAACUUCACAGCCGGCGGCGAGAGCUGCAUCUUCCCCGACAAGAAGUCUGAAGGGAGCAAAAUGGCAAAAUGGCCCAAAGACUCGCCAGGCACAUGGUAUAGUCACUACAAGAGAGGUUCCCUGCUCUCCUACGUGGACGCCGAGGGAAACCCCAUCGGCGUGGUCCAGAUGACAUUCCUGCGGCUGUUGAGCGCCGCCGCCCGCCAGAACAUGACGUACAGUUGCCACCAGUCCGUGGCCUGGCACGACCAGGAGCAGGACAACUACGACAAAGCCAUCCACUUCCUGGGCUCCAACGACGAGGAGAUGUCCUACGACAACAACCCUUACAUCCGCGCCGUGGUGGACGGCUGCGCGCUGAAAAAGGGCUACGACCGGACAGUACUUGAGAUCAACACUCCAAAGGUGGAGCAGGUCCCCUUCGUGGACAUCAUGUUCAACGACUUUGGCGGCCCCUCGCAGAAGUUCGGCUUCGAAGUAGGCCCCGUCUGUUUCAUCGGCUAGAGACUGACCAAAAUGGAGGGAAAUUAAGAAACGACACUUAUUUUUGUUCUCUCAGAAAAAGAAAAUAGGACAUUUCUAUUUGUACAAAAAAAAAAACAACAACUUUGUUUGAUUUCCGUAAUGAGCAAAAUUCAGUAGGAUGAGAGGAAAUAACCUUGAAACCUCAGCGUGACUUCUCCAUCACAUGCAAGUUUGGAAACUGGAUGUCACACGCCACCUUUGACCUGUGCCAUCACCAUUGUAAUCUCUCGCCACGGACUCCAUUUUGGGCUCUUCUUUUUUCUGUCGCGCUCACCCCCCGCCCCCUCCCUCUCCGCUGGCCACUUUUGUCCGCUUUUACCGUAGUUUCUGUUGGGAGCUUUGUUUGUGCAUAAUUGUCUCUUUUAUAUAUAAAUAUAUAAAUAUCUAUAAAUAAUUUUUAUGUUUGUAAGUACAUUCUGUAUAUUGUUUCGGAUAGUUUUUAUUGCUUUCUGGCUUCAAAACAUGCAUGUGACUCCAUUGACUGGGAAGCGGGAGGCGGUGGAUGACAUCACAAUGUGGCUAAAACUCACCAAAAAAAACCAAAACUAAAACAAUUGGGAACUCCUUUUUUUUGCUGCGGUGUUGUACCUCUAAGAGCAGAAUGUAAAUAAACAAGGAAAGGGAAAAAAAAGCUGGGACAUGUUGAUUUGCAUAUCAAAAGGAACCAGUUGACGACGUUUGUCAAAACCCAAAGAAAUCAGAACAAGGAAAGCUUUGGUGCUAUUUUUCUCGUCUGUGGUGCUACGGUUUCCGUCUUCCUCGUGUGUGUGUGUGUGUGUGUAUGCGACACAGGUGAAUCUCUGCUGCAGGCUUGUUUGUUUUGUAUUUUGUUUCAUUUUGGGGGUGUCUUUGUGUUACAUGUUACGGUCCGUUUCCUCCGCGCAUCCACUCGCUUGAAUAACGGAAUGAAUGGGAGCGGGAGCACCCCCCCCCCCCCCCCCCCGACGGUUGCUCUCAAGACGCCGUAAAAUACCAAAGAGCAGGUUUUUGUGAUGCCCUCCUGCCUAAAAAAAAAAAAAAAGACAGCUUUACGUCAAAUAAUCUGCCAUGGUGCUUUUCCCUGCCAAACAGGUCCAAGUGUUCUCGUUUUGUUUUUUUUUUUAAUGAUGAUGCUCUUUGUUGAAACUAUGCACUCUCUCUGCUUAUGACCACUAGUAUCCACCACAGAACUUCUACAGGCUUCACAAAUGGGUCUUUUUGUGUUUCCUUUUGUUGAAUAAAAUAAUGGAAAAAAAUAAAUAAAUAUGUGACUUGAACCAUUUUUCAGAUUUAUGCUUGUAGAUUGGCUUUAUUGUUUCCAUUUCCAAAUUCAAGAUACAUUUCUUGUACAUUUCCACACCUAGCAUUGAGGCUGCCAUUCCUUUCUUUUCUAUCGACCGUCUUGUCAAACCUGUGUACGGACACAAAAAGACUAGCAGAUAUAUUUGUUUCCUUUUUUUCACCCCCCAAAUGUCAAUAAAUUGAAGUUUACUGUGGCCCUCCACUCCUUUGUAUGUCAUUUGAAGCAUUAAAACUUAUCUGUAUGCAUGAAA